GUAGAUGAGGCCUAUUUGAAUCCAGCGAGACGCCCGUCUGCACACGGGAACGGGCUUCCUUUUUUUCUUCUUCUUCUUUUCUGUUUCCUCCUUGCGUCUGCAUAUAUAUACAUGCUCAUGGGAUUCUCUCCUUUGCUGUCCAAGGCUCCAAGCUCUUAGAGAUAACCAACCGUUGCACCUGCCCCCUAGAAUGGAAAAGGCUUGCCACAAUGGACAUGAUCACUUUGAUGAUGCCGCCUUCGUCUCAAGCGCAGUCAGCAGGUCGCGGUGCUCAUCGGCAUCGGAUUUGAGUGAUGAUGCAGACUAUUCCCCACCUGAUCGUUCUUCUGAGUCAUCUUCAGCGUCGUCAAGCACCUUGCAGCUUGAGUCCGAGGGUCCGCUUUACGAGCUGUCUUCAUUGCUAGCCCAGCUUCCUGCAAGGAGAGGGUUGUCCAAGUACUACCAGGGAAAGUCCCAAUCAUUCACAUCAAUAUCUGAUGCUACAUGUCUUCACGACCUUGGAAAGGAAGCUACUUACAACAAGAGGAUGAAGGCAUGCAAAAGCUCAACGGGAUUAGGCAUAAACCAGAGGUCAAGUCACUUACCGAGGAUAUGCAACAAGAUGAUAGCAAAGAAGCCCUCAAAAGGUUCAUUGGCAUGUCUAGUGCCUAGAGCAAGCAGCAAUAACCUCUUGUACAUCAGCGCCAAUUCAGCUGCACACCAGAACAAGAAAGAUGUACACAUGCAUAUGAACAGUUAACAAAGUGAAACCCUGUAAAUGGAUAAUAACUAGCGUGCCAAGCAUUGUCUUUCCACAAACAUGCGGUCCUCAUUGUACACUUUCGUAUGGAAGUUCAAACUGUUUUUCCUUCAAGGAUCAACCCGGUUUGUCUUAAGGGUUGAUCAUAAUCAACAAAAUUCAA